GCCUGCCCCACCUUUUCUAGGGAACAGACAAUUUCAUGCCCUCCCUCUAGUGACUGGAUAUAUGCGAUUACACUAUUGCCUCUCAGGCCCCACCACACUAUUUGAGAAGCACUGUACUAAAGCAACAGUAAGUGAUGAGCACUGACACGUCCAGGCUGGUUCACCAGGUGUAUGGAUCCCUAAAUGGAAGCGCUCUUGUCGCCAUGGUAACUACAGAGAUGUUUUCCUUUAAUACGAGUCAUAUUUUCAUCUACAUUAUAGUGUUUCAUAUUGCUGCUUUGAAAGUGUCAAAUGUUGUCCAGUGAUGCAAACAUUUCCUCUGCGUUAUUUGCGACCACAAGACACUUCCUAUGCCCUUAUAAGGAAGCGUGGACGUAUCCAUGUGUGUCCGGUGUCCACUUAUAAACACCUCUGCUUCCUCUUUAAGCGUGACUUCAAGGUGGACGUCUAAUCAGUUGGACAUCUUCACAGUGAGUGGACCUGCCCUUACAUGUAUGUGGAUAUCAACAAAUGAUCACAUGACUACAAGAGAGCCCAUCAUUGCACGACCGCAGAAAGUUUGAGAAGAUGUGCGUGUCGAGGUGUCUGCGCUGCGUGGGCGUGUCCCUGGUUGCCUUGGCGAUCGUCUGCGUGCUGGCCAACAUCCUGCUGCUGUUCCCCGAGAUGAAGGUCCACUUCCUGCUGGAGGGUCACGUGACCAGAGAGGCCACCUGGGCCACGGGGCUGUGGAGCUCUGGCGUCCUGGUUCUACUCGGAGCUCGAGCGUUUGUGCGGAGCAGCCAAACACGAGGCUGCUGUGCCUUCAGGGGUCAGAUGUUGCGUCAGGCGCUGUACUCGUGUUUGUGUCUGCUGGCGGCUGGCAUGUGUUGUCUGGUCAGCGCCACAGGACUUGUUCAAGGUCCUCUUUGUCUCUACAACACCACAUCUGGACCGGCCUGGGGGGUCCCGCUCAAACCCACCGCAGACCGGGACGCUGGGUAUCUGUACAACAGGACUCGGUGGUCAGGAGUGUGUUUGGAGCCCGGGGGUGUGGUCCUUUGGAACGUGGUUCUCUUCAGUGUGCUGGGGGGCGCCAGUGGGCUCCAGAUGGUCCUCUGUGGCGCCAACGUCCUCAACGCGCUGCUAGGAAUCGUCCUGGGACGAGGCGCAUCCAACAACAAGGUGGUCCCAGUUUCAGUGUGACCCCCAACAACACCGCAGCUGUGGUCCUUCUUCUCCACUCAAGUAAUCUUGUCUUUAGUGGUACAGCACUGAUGCACUUUUACAACAAGUUAAGCUCCUGACCAUGAAACAAAUUAAGCUUGUUUCCGCAUAAUUAAGCACAUCCUCGUAAUGACUACACGUUUUAAGCAUUGUUGAAAAAACAUUUUUGUUUAAUUUUUGCGUCAAUUCUAUUAACCUGUUUUAUUGGAAUAAUUUAUUAGUUUAAUAUUUUUGUAAAUGUAACCCUCAGGGGACAAAGGCUGACUUGCAGUACAUUUUUGCUGUAUUUUUGGAUAUGUUUGUUGUGUUAUUCUAUUACACAUGAUUUGUCCUAAGACAGUUUUUUCCUGUCAAAUUAAAAAAAUUCCAAUGUUCAA